CAUCGUCCAUCAAUCGUUUUGUCCAAGAUGGCGAACGUGGUGCUCGAGUUCAAGGUUUCUGCCGGUGACUCGGAACCACAGAAUCGCCCUGUCCUUAUUGUUGGUCAACAUAGCAACCUGCAACAAGUGAACUGGACUCAAGUCAAGGGAAAACUGCAACCGGUUGUCACCAAAGAGGUCUGGCAGGCUGCUCUCAGUGCCUUGAAUCCCAACCCCACUGACAGCUGUCCUCUGUACCUGAGCCAUGCAGCGGUGGCAGCCAUACCCUCAAGAGUCAGCAGGCACAACAGCCCCUCCUCUGCACACUUUCUGACCCGUCUGGUCCGCACCUGCCUUCCCGUAGGCACUGCCCGCUGUAUCCUGAUUGUUUGUGAGCGGGCUGAUGUGUUUGCCUCGGCCUGUGCCAUUUCCCGAGCCUUUCCCAUAUUCUCUCGUCGGUCCACGUCCUCACGCAGGAAUGAGAAGAAGCAGGUCACUGUGGAGUUUGUCAUCGUGGGCCAAGACAAUGGUCCUCUGGACCCAACUACAUUGGAGUGUCUUACCAAUGCUGCAGAUGGCGUGAGAUUGGCAGCUCGAAUUGUGGACACACCCUGCAAUGAGAUGAAUACGGAUAAUUUUUUAGAUGAGAUCAAAGCUGUGGGGGUUGAACUGGGAAUUACUCCUGUAAUCAUUCGUGGGGAAGAACUGAAACAAAGGGGCUUUGGAGGGAUAUAUGGAGUGGGCAAGGCAGCGGUGCACCCCCCUGCUCUGGCAGUCUUGAGCCAUACACCAGAUGGUGCAACUCAAACCAUUGCAUGGGUGGGCAAGGGUAUAGUGUAUGACACUGGCGGGCUCAGCAUCAAGGGAAAGACCACCAUGCCUGGCAUGAAGAGAGACUGUGGUGGAGCUGCAGCCAUCUUGGGAGCUUUCAAAGCCACUGUCAAACAGGGGUUCAAGGAUAAUCUCCAUGCUGUAUUCUGCCUGGCAGAAAAUGCUGUCGGACCCACAGCAACACGACCAGAUGACAUACACACUCUGUACUCUGGAAAGACAGUGGAGAUCAACAAUACUGAUGCAGAAGGCAGGCUGGUGUUGUCUGAUGGUGUGGUGUAUGCGAGCAAGGAUCUUUCUGCUGACAUCAUUUUGGACAUGGCCACUCUGACAGGGGCUCAGGGGAUAUCCACUGGGAAGUACCAUGCGGCCGUGAUGACCAACAGUGAGCAAUGGGAGACUGCUUGUGUGCGUGCUGGCCGCAGCAGCGGAGACCUGGCUCAUCCUCUGGUCUACUGUCCAGAACUACACUUCAGCGAGUUUACCUCUGCUGUGGCUGACAUGAAGAACUCUGUAGCAGAUCGGGAGAAUGCUCAGAGCUCCUGUGCAGGCCUUUUCAUUGGCUCCCACCUUGGCUUUGACUGGCCCGGGAUCUGGGUCCAUGUAGACAUAGCCUCCCCUGUCCAUGCUGGAGAGCGUGCUACAGGCUUUGGUGUGGCUCUGCUCAUGGCUUUAUUUGGUCAGGCUUCAGAGGACCCCGUUCUCAAUCAGGUGUCUCCUCUGGGAGUGGCUAAAUCAGCCUCAGGAGACCAGAUGGAGCGGGACAGCAAGAGGAGGAGACUGGUCUAAUGCUACAACCAACUGCACUCUACCACACAAACCCCAGUACUGCCACAAGACACCCUCAUGCAUCUCCACUCUGCAAUAGUUUUACGUUAUAGAUAUAGGGAACUACUGGGUGUGCAGGUUUUUGUUAAUGUCUAUUUCCUAUCCCUGACCAACUUCUGUUAAAUGAAGUAAUUGAUAAGGUUAUGUAUUACCUCCCAAAGGAAAUUUAAACAAGCUUUACAAAAGGUUGAGGACUGUAUUGGUUUAGUAAAUACAGAGAAUUCAUAAAUAUCUGCUUUGUCAUUGGAGAAUUCAGGUUUUGAGGACCAUUCUUCAUUAUAUGCACUGAUCAAGGUGGUCACACUUUUUACUUUUCUGAGAUGCAGUGUUUAUAAAAUGAGCUGGUAACGAACGGGCAGGCAUUGCAGUUUCUCUGCAAGUAUAACAUGAAUGGGACUUAAUUGACUGGUCUCGAUUUGUUUCAAACUACUCAAUAAUUGGUGGCAUUAUGGAUGUGUGUGACAUUUUACCCACUUGGGUAUUUUGCUGACCUGAUUUGGCUUAUUGUAGGCCUACUAUAACACUGAAAUGAAUCUGUUUCCUGAAUCAAUAUCCUCGUAAAUUGACACCUGAAGUAACUGACUGAGGGAGUAUCUUCACUGAAUUUUCUUUUCGGUUUCCGUCUUGCAGGACUUAAGUUAAACAUGUUGGCGGUUUUCAACCAUAGCCUCUAUAAACUGAUGCCAAACUUGUAGUUAUGGACUUGAUGGACUUUAACUAAAUAAAAUUGCAUCUUUGGAAUAAAGACAACAACAAUCGA